AUGGACGACAAUGGACUUAUGAGAGUUGGUGGUCGCUUGAAAUUCUCCGAGUUAACAGAAUCACAAAAAUAUCAAAUGCUUUUACCGAAAUCUCAUCACCUUACACAAUUAAUCAUCGAACACUUUCAUAACAAAUCAUUACACUCGGGAGUUCAGACAACACUUUAUUUGAUUAGACAAUUUUACUGGAUACCUUCUGGACAAGAUAGAGUCCGAAGAUUCAUACAUAAAUGCUUGACUUGUUUCAAGACUAAGACACAAACUAUUAAUCAAAAGAUGGGUAACUUGCCCAAAGAUCGGAUCGUACCAUCACGACCCUUUGAUAAAGUUGGUUUAGACUUUGCUGGUCCCAUAUUAACAAAACCUAAUUUGAAGAGAUCUAAGGUUGUAAUUAAAUCUUACAUCGCUAUAUUUAUUUGCUUCAGUACUAAGGCUACUCACUUCGAGGUUGUCUCAGACUUGACAACAGAUGCUUUUUUAGCUUGUUUGAGAAGGUUCAUUUCGAGACGUUCAAAACCGUCGAUUAUUUGGAGUGAUAACGCAUCUAACUUCAAAGGUGCAAGAAAUGUUUUGAACUCAAUGCUUGAACUUUGCCAGUCAAACUCUGUGAAGAAAUUUAGUGCUGAAGAGGGAAUUCAGUGGCAUUUCACACCGCCUGCGUCUCCUAACUUUGGUGGUCUGUGGGAAGCUAAUAUUAAAUCCAUGAAGAGAAUACUCUUGAAAGUCACAAAAUCUAACUUACUAAAUUUUGAAGAACUGACUACGCUCGUAGUGCAGAUCGAAAGUAUUCUCAACUCACGCCCACUUUCGCCCAUGUCAUCAGACCCUAACGAUCUGCAGCCGUUGACACCAGGACACUUUCUAGUUGGAGCUCCGAUUAUGUCAUUUCCUGAACAUCAUACUGCUCCAGAUUCUUUUUCUCUUUCUUCUAGGUGGAGCCUGAUUCAACGUCUGAAAGACAGCGUUUGGAAUAGAUGGAGCCAUGAACCUGAGUCAACUACAAACACGUUCGAAAUGGACUUGUCAACAAGAAAAUCUGAAAGUUGA